AUGUCAACAGAGGCAGCGGUAGACCACAUCGGAAACGUGCUCCAUGCGGUAGGGGCACCAUACAUCGACCCCGAAGAUAUGAGAAGGCUAUACAAGGGCCGAGUGGCGGAGGUCCUCGACUUUGCGGCCUCAAACCUCACAGGGAGACAAGCGGCUGUGUCGGCAAGGAAUGCCUUACAGAUAUAUCGCGACCACUCGCGGGCCCCUGGAACUUCGUCCCGUGAAGACGCCGACCCCUUGUUCACCCGGAUGCAGCGAGCGGAGGCCCGCGUCAAGGCUGCACAGAUCGCUCUCCAGCAAUCGGAACAACAGCUGAAGAAGCCGAAUGACGCGUUAGAACAUACAGAAAACGAGGCGGGCGCGCUACAAGAGCAGCUGGAAGAUAAACGUCUCACCACGCUACUCUUGUCCGUCCUGGAACGCAAAGAGGCGAUACGCAAAGAACGGAUCAAGGAGGUUAUCAAGCUUCUCAGCGAGCUCAGGUCGAAAGUCGGAGAACAGAACACGAUCCAAGAAGAGGCGAAGACUUCGCUGCCCACCAGAACCGUUGUCACAAAACCUCUGCGCGUAGAACACACGCGCGAUGCGUUGACUUCACUGCAAUCGCACAGCAUUCGCCUCACACGGCUCUCCGCCAUCGCGAGCGACAACACGCUCUCUGCUAGAACCAAGGAUGCAGAAGCCCGUGUUCUCGAGGCUAUAGCGCAUUCGAUGGGGUUGGACACUGGUGACCCGGAUGUCAUCGCCGCAUACGAGACUUCUCUGGCCGCAGCAAGAUCACGCGCUCGUGCAAGUGUUGAGUAUCACUCACCUCUGCCUCACGCCGAGUCGAGCGAGGAUCUGCAGGACGUAUCACAACGGAUUAUCGAGAAGGAGCGUCGCCUUCAGGACCUCGCCGAUGAAGCCUCUGCGCUCACGCUCGCAUGCGUGCGGGCUCUUCAGACGGACUCCGUCUUCGUUCACGAGACUGCCCCACAGCUCAGAGGUGCGCUGGAGGAAGAAGCCGCGGCAGCUCAAGGACAUGUGGACGCCCUUCGGCGCUCCAUCAUCAACCGCCCGAGACCCCCACAAACGUCACGGAGUGACAGUCUCGGCGGCGGGCGAUCAUAUGAACAGACCCUAUCCGAUAUUGAAUGUCAAUUCGCAAACGCCAGAGACGCAGAGUCGUUCCUCGAAGCAGCAGACGCGCUUGUCUCGCCAGACCCAUCCGCGUCCGACGCGCACGCCGCGAUAGCAGCUUCAUAUGCGGAAGAAGAAACAGCGCUAUCCGCGCGUCUACAGAAGCUAUUGCAACACAAGGCGGCGAAGGCUGACGCGGGGCACGCGUUGGUCGAGGAAGUCGAGCGACUCAUCGCCGAGGUCGGCAUCAUUGCAGGCACGCAUAACUGA